AUGUGUGCCCGAUGUGUCGUCUUGUGUUGUGUCGCACUGUGCUGUGUUGUUUGGGGACAUUCAGAAAAACGAGCAGCGCUGGUGUCGCUACAUGAUGCCUUGUUUGGCCGAACGAACAAAACUAUUCCUCCCUUCUUUGACAAUAGCUCCACGGUUGAUGUGGAGGUAACGUUUGAGCCGGUCGCCAUCAUUGAUCUGGAUUCGGCAAGCCAGGUACUGACCGUACUUGCCUUUUUUGAACUACGCUGGAAGGAUAUGGACCUCGCUUGGAACACUUCCCAGUACUAUGAUAAUGACCGCAUUGAAGUAGAGCCUGACAAUGUGUGGACCCCCGGUAUAAUAUUAUCAAACAGCAUAGAUAGUCAGGAGCCAGUCGCCAGUAGAAAUGUUUUUGUUUCAUGGCAAGGGUUCAUGUCGUGGCAGCUCCCCGGCACCUUCCGGACAUCGUGUAAAAUAGACGUGUUUAGAUACCCUUUUGAUAAACAAAGCUGUCACGUCACCAUCAUGCCCACAUUCGGAUAUAAAAUCAAUUUUACGAUAGAUGCAAUAAAGUUACAAAGUGUGAAAGACCUGACCGUUCAGAAUGGGGAGUGGAAUUACCUACACACGAAUUCCCAGCUAGUAGCGGUGGAGCCUGGGGGCGUGAAUGCAGCACAGUUCAUAAUAACAUUAGAAAGAAGGCCGACCUACUACCUCAUCAACAUCAUCUUCCCCAUGGUGCUCAUGUCCCUCCUGAACCCAUGUGUGUUCCUCAUUCCCGCCAGGUCGGGGGAGAAGCUCGGCUUCCUCAUGGCUGUGUUUGUCUCUCACGCUGUGUUCCUCAACCUCAUUCAACAAACCAUGCCCCCCACCUCCGACUCCGUCUCCUUGCUGGCCCUGUUCUUGGCUUUACUGGAGGUGCAGGGCUUCCUCACCAUCCUCGCAUCCAUCGUGGUCCUCGGCGUGCAUCACCGGAAGGAGAAGGCUGAAGAAACGGCUGCAAAGCACAAGACGAAGGGGGUUGAAUUGGUUGAGGUGAAACAUGGAAGGCGAUUCAGGGGGUGUGAAAGUUGCUUCAAAAGGAAACUUGAUGGACAUUUGUGCCAGGAGCUGAUGAAGGUUGGAAGUGAAUCCGAUGAAGCAAAACGAGCAGCGCUGGUGUCGCUACAUGAUGGCCUGUUUGGCCGAACGAACAAAACUAUUCCUCCCUUCGUUGACAAUAGCUCCACGGUUGAUGUGGAGGUAACGUUUGAGCCGGUCGCCAUCAUUGAUCUGGAUUCGGCAAGCCAGGUACUGACCGUACUCGCCUUCUUUGAACUACGCUGGAGGGAUAUGGACCUCGCUUGGAACACUUCCCAGUACUAUGAUAAUGACUUCAUUGAAGUAGAGCCUGACAAUGUGUGGACCCCCGGUAUAAUAUUAUCAAACAGCAUAGAUAGUCAGGAGCCAGUCGCCAGCAGAAAUGUUUUUGUUUCAUGGCAAGGGUUCAUGUCGUGGCAGCUCCCCGGCACCUUCCGGACAUCGUGUAAAAUAGACGUGUUUAGAUACCCUUUUGAUAAACAAAGCUGUCACGUCACCAUCAUGCCCACAUUCGGAUACAAAAUCAAUUUUGCGAUAGACGCAAUAAAUUUACAAAGUGUGAAAAACCUGACUGUUCAGAAUGGGGAGUGGAAUUACCUACACACGAAUUCCCAGCUAGUAGCGGUGGAGCCUGGGGGCAUGAAUGCAGCACAGUUCAUAAUAACAUUAGAAAGAAGGCCGACCUACUACUUGAUCAACAUCAUCUUCCCCAUGGUGCUCAUGUCCCUCCUGAACCCAUGUGUGUUCCUCAUUCCCGCCAGGUCGGGGGAGAAGCUCGGCUUCCUCAUGGCUGUGUUUGUCUCUCACGCUGUGUUCCUCAACCUCAUUCAACAAACCAUGCCCCCCACCUCCGACACCGUCUCCUUGCUGGCCCUGUUCCUGGUUAUACUGGAGGUGCAGGGCUUCCUCACCAUCCUCGCAUCCAUCGUGGUCCUCGGCGUGCAUCACCGGAAGGAGAAGGCUGAAGAAACGGCUGCAAAGCACAAGACGAAGGGUGUUGAAUUGGUUGAGGUUAAACAUGGAAGGCGAUUCAGGGGGUGUGUCACAACAAUAUAUGACAGUGUUAAGUACAGUGCCCUGUUUGGCCGAACGAACAAAACUAUUCCUCCCUUCGUUGACAAUAGCUCCACGGUUGAUGUGGAGGUAACGUUUGAGCCGGUCGCCAUCAUUGAUCUGGAUUCGGCAAGCCAGGUACUGACCGUACUCGCCUUCUUUGAACUACGCUGGAAGGAUAUGGACCUCGCUUGGAACACUUCCCAGUACUAUGAUAAUGACUUCAUUGAAGUAGAGCCUGACAAUGUGUGGACCCCCGGUAUAAUAUUAUCAAACAGCAUAGAUAGCCAGGAACUAGUCGCCAGCAGAAAUGUUUUUGUUUCAUGGCAAGGUUUCAUGUCAUGGGAGCUCCCCGGCACCUUCCGGACAUCGUGUAAAAUAGACGUGUUUAGAUACCCUUUUGAUAAACAAGGCUGCCACGUCACCAUCAUGCCCACAUUCGGAUACAAAAUCAAUUUUACAAUAGACGCAAUGAAUUUACAAAGUGUGAACGACCUGACCGUUCAGAAUGGGGAGUGGAAUUAUCUACACACGAAAUCCCAGCUAGUACUGGUGGAGUCUGGGGGCGUGAAUGCAGCACAGUACAUAAUAACAUUAGAAAGAAGGCCGAUCUACUACCUGAUCAACAUCAUCUUCCCCAUGGUGCUCAUGUCCCUCCUGAACCCAUGUGUGUUCCUCAUUCCCGCCAGGUCGGGGGAGAAGCUUGGCUUCCUCAUGGCUGUGUUUGUCUCUCACGCUGGUGAACUAAGGUUCAAAUGA